UUACUGAGGAGAAAGAUCUUUUCAACAUCAAUUUGUUUUUAAUUAAUCUAGAAUUAGAGGAGAAUUAAAACCCCUGAAUGUUUCAGAAAUGAUGGGGAGCAAACUCAGAAAAGUGCAGAGUGAUGCAGACAAAGAGCAAGAUGCUGAGGAAAACACCAGGGUGCAAUUAGAGGAGCCACAUAUUUCAGAGGAGCAACACAGCAAACUGAUUACUCCCACAGAACCUAAGAAAAGAGAACAUUUUGUGUCUUUUCCAGGGGAGUUGUCAACAAAUACAGAUAAUGAAACAUUACCAGAGCAACUGAUAAAAUUAGACAAUGAAAACAAACACCAAGGUUAUAGAAUAGCGGAACUUGAAGCUUAUAUCUUAAAACUACAGGGUUCCGAAAGCUUAGCAGAGCCGGAAUUCAAAGGAAAUAAGGCUGUUGACAAUCAGCAGAUUUUAGAAGAGAAAUUAAGAGAGUGUGAAGUUAUGCUGGAGGAUAGGACAGACGAAUCCAAGACCUUGAGGAAGAAGCUCAAUGAGAUGGAGCUUUCAUAUCAUCAACUUCAAUUUGAAUGUGAUGCCCUUAAAGGCAAACUAGCUUCUGUGAGGGAACUGGAAUCAUUGGAUUCUCUCAGCAGUGAAGAUGAAUCUGAAGUGAAACAUAGUGCCAAAGCAGAGCUACUUCAAAGAGUCAAAAGUUUAGAAGGACUUUUGAAGAUACAGGAAAUGAGUGAGAAGGAGUUAACAGAAACAGUCAAAGAGCUUCAAGGGGAACUUUUGCGUAGCCAGGAGAAUCAGAGGCUGCUUGGUUUACGCUGUGACAAAUUGGACCAGUUGACAAAGGAGAAAGAAGAUGUGGAAAGCAAGUUAGAGGAGAGGUACAGUCAAGUGGAGCAGCUACAGAAAGAAAAAGAAAAGUCUGAGGAAGAUUACCAAGAGCAAAUCAAAAUGUUAAUUGAUGAGAUCAAGGAGCGGGAUGAAGCCCAUUCCCAGCUUGAGGCGAUUUACAAAGAUUUGCUUCUGAAAGUCGGGGAAAUGGAAGAGUCCAAAACUAGUCUUGAGUCAAAGGUUGCCAAAUUCAAGAUGGACCUGGAAGAGAGGGUGGAUAAUGAAUUAAAAUUGAAAAAGCAGUGCUCAGAUCUGGAAAAAACUAUCCGAGAUUGGGAAAAUUUUGAGCAACAGCUGAAAGAGCAGUUUAAACGAGUAGAAAGUAAGCAAAAUGGCAAAAUAAAGAGUCUUAGAAAACAGCUUGAAGAGAAAGACGAAACCUUAAAAAAGACCCUGCAAGUGGUGGAAGAACUCAAGAAAAGCAUCAAGGAUGCAGAGAGCCAACUUCAUGAGAGACAGCACAUUGCUCCAGAGAUCCUUAAGGAGAAGAAACAACUCGAAGCGGAGCUAAGCAGAAAGGCUGAUGCUGAAAUCGAUAAGGCAGGGUUCAUUGUGAAGAUGAGAAGCAGGUUUGAAAUGGAGGUGAACGAGAAAAGCAAAGAGCUAGAAGACUGCAAGGACGAAAUUGAAUGUUUGAACGAAGAAAUUGGACAGUUGCGAGAGCAACAUUGGCAGCAAAAAGAAGCUGAAAGGAAGCUGCAAGAAAGAACCAAGAUGCUGGAAGAGUUGGUGGAAGAGACGAAGGAAGGGGAGACCAAGGUCCUACAAGAAAAGAUAGCUCGCAUGGAAAAGCUGAUCAGUAUGAAGGAAGAAACUGUGGAGACAUUACAGGCAAGGAUUGGGAAACAGGAGACUUUAUUAAAAGAAAUGGAAGAGACUGAAAGAAGGCUAGCACAACGUAAUGAAGAACUGGGUGUCAAACAACGUGGCAUGAGUGAAGAAUUACAUUGCUGGAGAACCAAGUGCUCCAACCUUGAAAAAUUUGAAAGGGAAGUGAAAUUUGAAACAAAAUGCCAGAGAGAUAAGAUAAAAGACUUGGAAAUUACCAAAACCAACUUGGAGGUGCAACUACAAAAGAAAAUCAGCGAGUUUGAAGAGCUUGGCCUUUUGAAGAAGAAAGAACUAGCAAAUGUAACAGCAGAGCUGAACAAAAAGAUUGAAGAGCUUGAGUUCAAAGAGUCUGUCUGUCGAGCAGCGAAACAAAACGUUGAAAUGCAGUUGAAAAAAAGGAUGAAAGAAUUUGAAAUUUCUGAGGCAAAUGUUAAGAACCUUCAGAGAAAACUUGAGGAGGCAUUGGAAGAAAAGCAAAGUGGAAUAAGAAAUGUUGAAACUACCAUGCGGCAAGAGAAGGCAGCAUUGGAAGCUGAACUUGCUAAAUGGUCUCAGUCAGUGAUUUCACUGGAGACUAUGAUCAAAGAGGAAAGCCAAAUCUCCCUCAACUUAAAGGGACAGCUGCACACUAAAGAAGCAGCUUUAAAAAUGCUGCAGGAGGAGCACUCAGUACUGCUGGUGAGAAUUCAAGGUUUAGAACAGGAUCUAGAGGAGACGAAGAAAGACGGGACAAAACGCACUGAGUGGGAGAAUAAUAAGCGUGAAAUGGAUGUCCUCAACCAGAGGUUGGAAGAACUCACGCAGUCCGAGGAGAUACUCAAGCAAACCAUUGACAACUUCACAAAGACAGAAGCUGCUUUACAAAGAAGAAUUCAAGAUUUGGAACUGUCAGAACAAAGGCUUCUGGAUAAAAUCAAUGAGUUAACUUCCAAAUCACAGCAAUCAAUGACCAGUGAUCCACAACUUACAGGAAAGCUUCGAAGUCUGCAAAUUUCUGAGAAGGAUCUUAAAUUUUUGCUUGCUGAAAAGGAGAAGUCUGAAGAGUUGCUGAAGGGAAAACUGUGGCGUUUGCAGAACCAGCUCAGGAUGAAAGAGGAUGAGAUGAAGAACCAAUCUGAGUACUUUGAACAUUACAAACAAAAGCAGCAGCAGCAAAUGGUGAAGCUGAGGGAACGGGAACAGUUCCUGCACAGCCAGAUCUUCAAACUGGAUAGAGAGAGGAUCGACUUAAAUGCAACCAGUAUUAUCCUGAAAACUGAGCUGCAGCAAGUCACGGCAAAGUUCACAAAGUUGGAAAAAGUACAGAGCAAACGAAGCAAAGAGCUUUCUGAGCAUGACAUUGAACUUGCCAAUGUGGCACGUUCCGUGUCAGAGAGAGAAGACCAAGUCAAAGACAGUAUUCUUGUGCUUCAGGAUGACUUAAAUAAGCUUUUAGCGAAAGAAGAGGCAAUUAACCGGGAAAAGGAACAACUCAGGGAAAGACUUCAGCAAGCCGAAGACAAUGAGGACUUCCUUACACAUAAACUGGAAGACUUCCGUUCACGGAUCCAUGAGUUGAAGUUAUCAGAGAGCAGCCUGCAAGAACAAGCCGAGGAACUGGAAGAGGAAAAUGAGAAGCUCAGAACAGAACUGAAACAAAUUCAGGAGAAUGAAAAUUACCUGAAAGAAGUGCUGGAAGAGAAAGAGAAACUGGAGCGUUUAGUCGAGGAGAAAAAUAAACUGCAUAAUAUGACAUUAAAUAACAGUGAACUCCAGUUAAGUUCUGAUGAAAUGCCAAUACAUGAAACUUCAUUAGAGGUAACUUCUAAGCGCCUGAGCAACUUCUGCAGUGCAAUGUUUCAGAACGUGGAUGAGGAAACCUCACCAAACAGAUACAGAGACCUAAAGAACUCCUUAACUCACUUGCGAUCCCAGCUGCAGAAUGGAGACAUUUUAUUUCGAGAAGAGUUAUUGCAGAGCAAGUGGGCAGCUGUGCUGGAUUCAGCUCGGAAUAAGAACACUCAGACGCCAUCCAUUGGGCAGUGUGUUCAAGAGGCCUUGAUCAUUGCAAAACUAGCCUCUGAAAGUGUCUGCGAUUACCCAAAACUAUCUACAGCUGUGAAGGAAGGACGUAUAAUUCCAUUUCUUGAAGCAAACUCUUGUCUGUUGGCAGAUCUAAUGCAGGUUCUUAGAACUGGGGAUGUGGAGAAGGUCAGAGCAAUUCUUCAGAGCCGUGAGACACAAAAGGAACUGGCCAUGUUGUUGGACCAUGAAGAAGGAGACUUGUUGCAUUGUGCUCCAUCACCACCUUUGGCUGAAAAGCAAGAGAUCAAUGAGACAGCUCAUGUAAUCAAGAAAUGUGAAAACUACCAAGCUAUUGGCAAGGAAUUAUACAGCAAUGCUUUUGUCCAUGUGGUUAACACUAAUGAUGAAUCACAAUCUGAUCAAUUAGAUUUUGAACUUGAGAGUCCAAAAGUCAUGAGUGCAGAGUUAACUUGCUCAUCUGUACAGAAGACUGUAGAAUUCACUGAAAGUGACACAAAUACUUGUAUACCGUCAAAGACACAUUUCAGCAUCAAAGGAGAUCUUGCUGAUAUAGACCCAAAGGUAUUGACUGAAACAAUUAGAAAACUUGAGGCGAAAAUCCAGCAACUUCAAACAGAGAAGAUGGAUAUGGGUCAGCAUUUGCAGUGUACGAACAGCCAGUUGCUUCAUGUAUCUGAGGAGAAAAGUAAAUUAGCAGAUGAAUUGCAUCUUGCAAAUAGUGAAGUGAACCAAUUAUCUCAGAAGCUUGAGGAAAUAACAGAAGAAAAGAUACAGGAGAAAGAAUCCAUGAAAAACAACUUGAGGAAAGAAAAUGAGGUUUUGGAGAAACGAAAUAAAGAGCUGCUAAAUGGGAUAGCAAAACUGGAAUCCAACCAAAGAGAGCUGGAGGCAGACUUUAAAGAGAAGAAUGGGGAAUGUUUGCAGAGACUGUCUAAGCUAAAAGAAGAGAAGAGUAAACUGGAAGACACAAUCAGCUGCAUGCGGAAAGAAAAUGCACAGAAGUCAGCGGAAUGUAAUCAAACAAUUGAGAACUUGAGCACACAAACUGAGCAGCUGAAGGACAGAGUAUCAGAGCUGGAAUCCGAGUAUAAAACACUUGCUAACACAGUGACAAGAUUAAAGCAAGAGAAAGGAGAGCUGAUGAAGGAAAAUGAGCAUCUGCUAAAAAACAUUAACCAACUGGAGAAUGAGAAGGCACAGAUAAUUCACCAAACUGUGCACCAUUUAACAGAAGAAAAUGAAAAUCUUUUAGCACAGGUCAGGAAACUGGAAAGUGAAGUAGAGACAUACUUUAUGGAGAGCAGUGUAGCACAAAACAAAAUAAAUUAUUUGGAAAAUGAGAAUACCAACUUGAUAAAUUUGAAGGAAUGUCUAGUUAAAGAACUGAAAGCCCAAGGGACAGGUGAAAUAACGAAGCAACAUGAAUUAAAACAACAAAAUAACAAUUUAGUGCAAGAUGUUACUUUCAAAAAAGAUGACAGUAAGAUGAUGAACAAGACUGAGAGAAUUUGCGAAGUGCAACAAAACAUGAACCUGCGGGAACAAAAUGAUGAACUUAAUGACGGAUUGGCAGAGUCAUCGACAGUUAAUCCCAUGGGAGGAUCCAAUGACUACCAGAGCUUGAGGUGCAAAAUAAAUGCAAAAGGCCAAAACUAUCUUGCUGAAGAAACUGGAACUGUUAUGGAAACAUGCUUGGAAGAAAAUGCAAUAGCGAAUGAUGUAGCUUUUGAAGUAAUUAAUUAUUCUGACAAAAUUAAGUUGUUGGAAAGUACUGUUAAGGAAAAGGAUCAAUCCCUGAAAAAGCUGAAGUUGGAUUAUGAUAUUCUACAAAGAAAACUGAUGGAUAUUGAGGAGAAAUCUGCAACUGGUGACAUAAAAUUAAAGCACGAAGGGCAGGUUUUGCAGGGCAAACAGAGCCUGGCUAAGAAACCGGUGACAGAGAUGCUGCAGUUGACUUUGAUCGAAAGGAACAAUGCACUUGAGAAGCUACUUGAGAAAACAGAAAUGGAGCUGAAGUUGAAACAAGAAGAACUGGACAAGACAAAAACUGAGGCUCAGAAGUGGCACAGAGAGGUUGUCUCCGCAGAAUCCAGUGCUGAGAAGGUCCAAGUGGAUCUAACAGAGGUUUUAUCGGAGGUGGAAAGGUUGAGGAAAACUGUGAGAGAGCAGGGGCGCCUGAAAGAGUCUGAUGUUGAACUGGCUCUAAGAAGAGAGAACUUCCAACUGAAAGAUCAACUUACUGCUUUAAACGAACGCAACAGAAAUAUGGAUAAUCUCAAAGCAAGGUGCAGCGUGAUGAAAAAAGAGGUAGCUGCAUUUGAAGAAUUGGGAAGAAAGAAAACAGAGGCUGAAUUGCUGAUAGCUCCACUAAAGGCAAAACUGUCCUGCCUGAUUCAGAAAUGCCAUCGUAGGAACAGUCUGAUUAUACAACUGGUGAGGGAACUCUACCGACAUGGCUUUACUAACACGGGGUUGAUUGAAGAGGCUGAGGAUAUGCUGAAUGACACUGCGAUCCUGGAGUAUACACGCACCUUUCUGUCAUUAGGCAACCAGCAGGGGAACAUGAACACUAAUUCAGUCCCUGCUGGAACUCCUCAGCAAGAACAAGGCUUGAAUCAUUGGUUUCCGAGCUCUCUGUUUCAUGAAAGACAAGCUUUACUGGAUUCCAGUGCAGCUUUAACUUACAGACCACACGUAGCCAUUGCGGAUUAUCGCCCUUAUUCGAACAUGCCACACACGGUGCUGCCAGUGCUGCCUCUUUCUGUUGGGGAUGUAGUGCUUGUCAGUGGGGACCCAGACAGGCAUGGAAUGUAUGUUGCUGAAGUGAAUGGGGAAUUGGGGCUGGUUCCAGCCCGGUUUGUGGAAGAGACCAACAGUAUCCUUCACCUGCACACAACUAGGAACAAACCGACUGCUGGCUACAGGAAGAACAGCCCAGAGAGGAUUACAACAUUGUGCCAACUACCCCAGCACACACAGGGCAACAAUGACCAGGUAGCACCUUCGGUGAUAAAUUCUGAUGCAGAUUACAAUUUGCUAUCUAUUCCUUGUCUGAGCCACAAAGAUGUACCUCAGCCUUUUGUGUCAAGGUCACAUGAUAACCUGGAAGACAUUAACUUUGAGGCAUGUGGGAAAACUACAGGACAGGGGCAAGAGGAAGAACAUCUCUUUAAAUCUGCUGAGCAAUUUCAUUAUGCCCCAGGGGACUGCUGUGAGAUCUCUUAUGGAUGGGCUUGCAACGAUAGAGGUAACCAGAAAAGUAUAUUGAGUGCUGGUGAAAAUACAAGCAGUGCCGCACUUCCAGAAAUGGCAACAAGAAGCAAUCUAUCAGAGAGACUGGCUACAACUCUUCAAGGUCACACCAUCAAACACAGGGCAGCGGCUAAUUGGCAUGAUGGGAAAACAUCAAAGAUGACCCAAGAGCCCCCUGCCCCAGUUACUUCACUCCAUAUUAAUGGCCCCAUUGGACAGAACAGCCUGCUGAUAGAGUGGGAGAAACCUGUCCUGGAUGAAAACGGAUGCAGCAAUGGAACGUUCAUUCAAGGUUAUCGGAUAUUCAUUGAUGGCGAGUUUUACAAGUCGACAAUGGGAUCAGCCUGCACAAAGAUCCUGUUGGAAGACCUUGACCUGAGUGUGCCAUUUCAAGUCAGCAUCCAAACGGUUGGAGCCAAUGGUCUGGUUUCUGAGAAGCUUACUGUCCUAUUUCUGAACUGCCAACUACGUGAGAAACCUUUAUCAGUACAACCCCUGCCUUCACUGACAGAUCAAAGUAACAAGAGUUCAGAGAUGCUACAGUUCCUUGCUGUUUAUGAUUAUAAUCCAUUGCAAGACAGUCCCAAUAUUCAUCCUAGCCACGAACUGGCUUUUAAAGAGGGAGACAUAAUUUGCUUGUAUGGAAAACAAAGAAAGGAUGGCUUCUGUGAGGCAGAGGUUAAUGGAAGGCGAGGUCUAGUACCAACAAGUUUUCUUGGUGCCAGAAUUGAAUUGCCAAAAACACUGGAACACAAAGCAUCAAGGUCAGCAAGUUCACCUCCAGGGCAUCAUGGGACACCUGAGAUUCCUCAAUCCUCAGAAGACAUCUGCAAACAAAAGCUGAACAAUAGGCAACGAUUAAUGAGAAGAAUAUAAGUAUGAAGUUUAAAACCUGAAGAUCUAAACGUGCACUGCUAUUUGUCAAAUAGAGUUAUCUGGUAAAUCUGCUGUCUCUGCUGAAUGAACUCUUCCUCACUUCCAUUCGGUGCUAAAUCCCAACAAAACCAUAGCCUUGUAUCUUCUCCUUUCACUUGUUACCACGUAUAUCUAUUUAAUUUUUAUAUUAGCACCCUAUUAUUUCUGGUUUGUGUUCUUGGCCAAAGUUCUGUAUCUUUACACUUGGCCUUUUAUGUCAAAUAUCUUUGUGCACUUUUCAUCUUUUUUUAGUAGAAAAGAAAGUACUGACUUAGUAACAUGACUUAUGAUAUGUAACAAGUCCACAGCAAAGUUCUUAACAGAAAUAUGCUGCAAUGCUAUUGCCCUGCUGAAAACAGAUGGAAGAGCAACACUCAAAGCUCAGCAUACAACUUUCCUUAUUUACGCAUUCUAAAACAAAACAUGUCUUAAAAUUUGGCUUAUCUUUUUGCAUAUUCCAUCAUCAAACCUAUUUGUGCUGAUGAUCAAUGCCUUGGACAAAUAACAAACAAAAGAACCUCUGUUAAGUUAAUUUCAGUUGUAUAAAUGAAACUUCUAUCCAUACAUGUAUGUUGUGUGCAACAAACCUGUACGCGUGCAGAAGGUGAAGAAUCAGUGUACUGCACAAUUCUUCUGGUGGCAUGUGUGCAGGUUUUGGUUAAAAGCCCUUUUAUUUUGAAAGGAGAUCUAUUAAGCACAGUUGCCACUAAGCAAAUUUGUUUAACAUUUCACUUCUUUUGAAGUGUGUCUCAGGAUCCAAUUCAGGAGGCAAUAGUGCUUACUCCCUGUUUGUUCUAUAUUUGUAUAUUAUGUGUACAGUAUAAGACAACUUGUUUGCACUUUUCAUUGUCUAUUGCACCUGAACAAGCAACAAGUACUUUUAAAUUUAUUUUUUAAAGAAAUAAUACUGCAUUAACAACUUAGAAGCAUUUUACAAAAGUAAAAGUUUUCUUCCUAAAGUUGUUCUUGCAAGAAAACCCCUUCCAAAGCUAUUGAUAAUUUGUCAUUAAAAAAGGGUAAUUCAUUGGUUGCUGCUGUAGUAUCAGUCCUGGUAUUUGGCUAAACGGAAACCUCUGCAGUAAUGACAGCUCUUCCUGUGGUGUAAAUCACUUCCUGAAAAUUCCUAAAAGAACUAUUUCAUAAGUUUAUAAAUUCUCUGAUACCCACAAUAAAACAUGCAAAUUACUAAACUUUGGAAUUCUUUGAUAUUCAAUAUCAUGCCGAAUUCCUUAGUUUAUUUAGGCUCCUAUGAUGGUAAUUGCAAACUGUGUUAUGUUAUUAACAGAAAUAUAUUCAUUUGUACAAAAUGUUACAAAACUAACGUUUUUCCCAUUGAACCGCAUAAGUGAAUCAUGAUUAAUGUCAAUGCAAAAUUUAUACUCUGUCCUAUUUAAUCUGUAAUGAAAUAGAUGGAAACAAUUUAAUUUGACAAUAUAUUUUGCCAGUGAUGUUGAGCUUUUACUGACUGGCAAAGAAUUUGGAUAAUCCAAAAUCAGUAAUUUAUGUUUUUUUGCAUGCGACAUAGUGAUUCUGCUCAAAUGAGGAAAUGGAUGAAAUGCGGUGUUCCCUUUGCAAUUGCUUUUCUCCAGACCCUUGUAAUGUUUGUUAAUAGAAAACUUCAGUGCAUGAUUUGUUGAUCGUACUGUGGCCUUGUGACAAACAGCAAAUCUAAACUUUAAUCCAUUUACAUAAAACCAGCGGAUGUGGAACAAUCUCCACAGCUUUACUUAUUUCAUUUCCAGUAUGGCAAAAAAGGUAUGUAUAUAAUAUGUAGGUAUAUGUAUAUAUACACACACAUAUUUAUAUAUCAAUAUGGGAAUGUACAUGUGUGUGUAUAUAUAUUAUAUACAACACAACAGAUUUGCAUUUUGUUUUUUAUGUGUUAUAUAUCCUUCAGUGCCUUAUAGAGGCAGAGAAGAAUUAAAAUCAUAAUACUAAGUUUCUGCACAAGCCAUGUCUGAAUUUUGUCUGUCCAAGCCAAACACUUACAAGGCUAAUUAUUGGUUCUUAAUACGACAUGGUCUUGAGAAUAUUCCUUAAUACACAAGGGCCUUGCAAAACAAAUGGAAUAAAGUUUAGAUGUGUUUUAUUAAGAUAGAAGCAUAAGAAAAAUGUCAGCAGAUUUCUAAUGUACAGAAUACUGAAUUAAUGUAUUGUAGUCACCACUGUUUCUUAAAUGGUUGUACAUCACACAUUUAUAAAUUGUUUAUUAAAUAACAGUAAAAAUUACUUAAAAUCUUGUUGAUUUACUUGUUAAUAAAAUGUUAAGGUUAUUUUUAUAAGCUAGUAACAUGUAAAUGAUUUCUAUACAUUUGUAUAUUGUAAAAUGUAUGCAUUUUGUAUUAAAAUAAACAUAUAAAGUUCUUCUGGAAAUUAGUUC